UCUCUCUCUCUCUCUCGACCUUAGUCCUCUAUUACAAGCCAACCGCAGCCUCAAGCCUACUACUUUACAUUACAAGAAACGCAACCCCCUCUUCAACGAAAUCGGGACAGCUAGCAGCGAGCGAGAAAAAGCAGGUCUCCUUUCCGCUGCAGAUAUAUAACGAAGCGUUAUUGUUGUCUACACUACAGAAGCGUCGAGGAAAGGCGAGAUAGAGCCUAGCCUACAGGCGGGGCUUUGCUGGUUUUAGCAAGUAAAGAGUUAUGCGAGACAGGGUGGCUGUGCUUAAGUUUUCGUGAAGGGGGGAAUGUAACGGCUUUCAUCGGCUUUUGUGCUGUGUCAAUGUCGUGGAGUCUUUGGCUCAGAGACGUUUGAUGGGUUAAGAAGCGGGUUGCUUUUCUCCACGCAUCGUUUCAGAAUCUCUUGACUUGAAAGCUACGGAUAUACGACGUUAACGCCCUCCCAGAGGUCACACAAUGCCUGAGUUUCCAGAAUUGAAAUCCAGGAAGUUCAAGGAACCCGAAUUAUUUUGAAGCAGUCUUCAAGACAUUUUGCCUACCACGGAUUAUUUUUUUGCCUGCCACAGUUCUGCCUCAGCAUCGUGAUGUCAAAUUUUCGGAAGAAGCUUCCACGCUCCGAGCCAGCAUUCGAUCCUUUCCAAGUAUUCGAA